AUGGCUCAUAGGAAGAGGCCAGGGACUAGCGGCUCCAGCUGCAGCAUGGUGGAGCUCCCCGUCCGGCCUCCCUGCCCCGCCGCCUACCCCCCAGAGCAGCACGGCCAGGAGCAUGAGGAGGGGCCGGGAGAGGAGGAGGAGGAGGAGGUCCACUACUGCCGCCAGCAGGGCCUGGAACCAGAGCUGACGGACAGCCGGCCGGACACACCUACUACACCGGAGCCGGAACACGAGCAUGAACACAGCCAUGACCACGAUGACCCAGACUGCCACGGCCAUGAUGACCACAGUCACAGCGACGACCAUGCAGAGUGCCAUGGCCAUGACCGCGAGCAUGCAGACUGUCACGAUCACGGUCAAAGUCACGACGUUGUAGGCUGUCAUGACCACGGCCACGUCCACAGUCACAUCAAUGACCACGACCAUGCAGGCUGUCACGGCCACCGUCACGACCACGCUGACAGCUUGGACGGAGACUCCAGCUCUGACUAUGUGAACAACACCUCAGAGGAGGAGGACUAUGAUGAAGGUCUGCCGGAGGAGGACGAGGGCAUCACCUACUACAUCCGCUACUGCCCUGAGGAUGACAGCUACCUGGAGGGCAGCAUUGACUGCAACGAGGCCGAGGCUGACUACACCGCCAGCACCGUGCAGCAUGUCCGGGCUGAGCCUCCGGGCGACACAGACGAGUGCCAGGAAGCGGUGGAGGAGUGGGUGGAGGUGGGGGAGGUGCGCUGUGAGGUGGUGGAGCAGGACCCAGAUGAACAGAUCUACGACGUCCUGGACCGCCACCCCCACCCCGCCGCCGUCCUGCACGAGUCCCCCCCACCCACAGAGGAAGAGGAGGAGGUGAGAGCUGGGGUUGCUUACGCUGGGGACUACUAUGGCCCAGAGGAGGACAAUGGGAACUCCGUGGUUCACGAAUCGCGGUCUCCAUACCGUGGCCGUAAAGUGGUAGUGGAGGGGGAGACGGGGGAGGAGGCGGAGGAGGACAUUGACCAGAUAGUGGCAGAGAUCAAGAUGAGUAUGAGCAUGGGUAGUCUGAGCAGCGGUGGCACUGACCAGAGCCCUGACGAGCUGGUGCAAGACAGUGUACCCAGUGAUUACCACCCUCCUGAGGCCCACGCCAAGCCUGAGCCUGCCCCCUACACCCCAACCCCACACCGCCACGACAGCAGACCCAAGUCCCUCAACCUCCCUUCCACACGGCACAACAACCCUGAGCUCCAGAGGGGCUUCAAGGUUCGCUCCCGCACCCCGGAGGAGCGACAGCAGUGGGCUCAAGAACAGAUGACCAACGGUGCGGAGCAUCCCAGGAAACAGCAGCGUUCUGACCUCAACGUGCCGCUGGAGAACAACAAUGUCCCGGAGGAAACAAAGAAGGCUGCAUCGUUCCCCAGCUUUGUUGAUGUUCCGGGGCCCUGUGAGCCAGAAGAUCUUAUUGAUGGCAUCAUCUUUGCUGCUAACUACCUGGGCUCCACCCAGCUGCUCUCUGAGAGGAACCCGUCCAAGAACAUCCGCAUGAUGCAGGCCCAGGAGGCUGUCAGCCGGGUCAAGAGGGUUCAGAAGGCUGCCAAAAUCAAGAAAAAGGCGAGCCCAGAGGGGGAUGCGCAGACACUGACAGAGGUGGACCUCUUCAUCUCCACCCUGAGGAUCAAAGUGCUCAACGCAGACACACAGGAAACGAUGAUGGACAACGCCCUGCGCACCAUCUCCUACAUAGCUGACAUUGGGAACAUCGUGGUGCUGAUGGCGAGGCGCCGCAUGCCGCGCACAGCCUCCCAGGACUGCAUCGAGACCACACCUGGAGCCCCAGAGGCCAAGAAACAGUACCGGAUGAUAUGCCACGUCUUUGAGUCUGAGGACGCCCAGCUCAUAGCCCAGUCGAUUGGGCAGUCGUUUAGCGUGGCUUACCAGGAGUUCCUGAGGGCCAACGGCAUCAACCCAGAGGACCUGAGUCAGAAGGAGUACAGUGACAUCAUCAACACGCAGGAGAUGUACAACGAUGACCUCAUCCACUUCUCAAACUCUGAGAACUGCAAAGAGCUGCAGCUGGAGAAGCAUAAGGGAGAGAUCCUGGGCGUGGUCAUAGUGGAGUCUGGCUGGGGCUCCAUCCUGCCCACGGUCAUCCUGGCCAACAUGAUGAACGGUGGGCCGGCCGCCCGCUCCGGGAAGCUCAGCAUCGGAGACCAGAUCAUGUCCAUCAACAACACCAGCCUGGUGGGGCUACCGCUCGCCACCUGUCAGGGAAUCAUCAAGGGCCUGAAGAACCAGGUGCAGGUGAAGCUGAACAUUGUGAGCUGUCCCCCUGUCACCACCGUGCUCAUCAAGAGACCAGACCUCAAGUACCAGCUGGGCUUCAGCGUUCAGAAUGGGAUUAUCUGCAGCCUGAUGCGUGGCGGUAUUGCUGAGCGGGGGGGUGUCCGGGUUGGCCACCGCAUUAUUGAGAUCAAUGGCCAAAGCGUGGUGGCUACAGCGCAUGAGAAGAUUGUCCAAGCCCUCUCAAACUCUGUGGGCGAGAUUCACAUGAAGACAAUGCCAGCGGCAAUGUUCAGACUCUUAACAGGACAGGAGACUCCUAUGUAUAUAUAA